UCCCACAAAUGACAGUCCUCACGUCAUCGCUCUACCGCUCCGGCACAUGAAGAUAAACAAACCAACUUGAAAAAGUGACAUAAGUUCUAGUCACCGAAAUAAAAAAUAAAUUCACGAAACCGGUAAAUAAUAAAAUAAAUCCCGCUUCCCGCUGCGAUGUCUUUCCCCGACAAGGAAACCCGAACCGUGUGUUGGUCUGCCCGGGACGAAUAUUGGGCCUGUCUGGAGCAGCACGCACCAAAUCACAGUUCAACAUCGGGUGCGCCGGAACCAAAACAGUGUGUAGCACUUCGAAAGCUAUACGAGAAACGAUGCCCGUCCCAAUGGGUGAAGCACUUUGACCGGAAGCGGACUUUCGAGCAGUUUAAGCAGAAAAUGGCCAAAGGAUACGAACCGCUGGACGAUAAGAGUAAAUAACAUUAUUACUACGGUAUUCGUUUUUUGUUGUACUUAGCAAACUAAAAAAAUAUAUUUAGAUCGUUCAAAUAAGUUAC